AUGCGGGCCUCGGCCUCCGCCUCUCUGAGGAGCGCACUGCGCCUCUGCGCCGCCGGCCACCCGCGGGCAUUCGUGCAAGGGAUCGUGUCGCGAGUGCUCGCGGCGCCAUCCGAGCCAUCCUCCGGCGUGAUCGAGGCCCUCAACGGGGCGAUCAAGGCAGCGUUUGGGACGGACGCCAUGGCGCACAUGGCAAGGGCGCUGUGCGGGGGUGCUGGGAGAGGCGCGUGGGGCGCCGGGCACUUGGCGCUCGUGCAGACGGGGCUGGACGCGGGGAUGUCGAUGGGGCCGGAGUUGGCGGAGGGGAUGGUGGGGGCGCUGGGAGAAGCCGCGCGGGAGCAGGGCGGCAACGUCAAGUUCGCCAAAGUGGUCCUGACGCUCGUGCAGAAGCACGGUCCUCUGCUGGUGGGUCGCAAGGAGGCCCUAAGGGCGAUCGCCGGCUGCACGAAGAAUUUCCUUUCCAAGGCGCUUUGCGCAAAAGUGGAGGCGCUGGGCUAG